AUGGGUGACGACUUCCUGCCUUCGUCGCCGGCGCCGUUUGGAGCUGUUACGGAGGCGGCCCUGGUCCGGGAAUGCGAACGCGUUCUCGACCGGCAGAACUUUGGGCGAGUGCUAGCCCGGGCCUGCUUUACUGCCGGCGUGCUGGAGAUCGACGUGGUGUUUCCGCGAAACGAGACAUAUGCACCCAGGGAAGGGUUCCCAAUCGUCUUCGCCUUCCGCAAUGCCCAUCUCACGCAAGCAUCUCAGAACCUCGCAUUAGCUGGCCCGGGCAACGAGAUUGAAUUGUUCGACACCAACUGGACCAGCCAUGAGCCCUACUUUGUGUAUGGCUUCGCAGACUUGCAGGCCCGCGAGGGUCAGUUUGAUCUGUUUUGGAUUGUCGAGUGGAUCAGCUGCGACCUGAGCGGCCCCGAGUCCGCUGUCAAGGUGAAUACGACCGAGAUCUCGCAGCGGUCCAUCGAUUUCACCAUCAAGAGCGGAGGGCAGGCAGUGGAUCUCGUCGCCGAUACCGCAAACAAUGGUGGGACGUGCGCACAGCCCGGUGCCGCCAUCAGCGUGACGGACGAAACCGUUUGGGUUCCGACGAAGCCCGCCUACUCGAACGAGUAUGGCAACGUGACUUGCGCCGUCGAGAUCAGCUCUGCUGCUGCCGAGAGCAUAUGGGCGUCCCUCACUGCACAUCGGUGCAAACACAAGGAUGCCAACGAUACAAGCAUUGACUGGCCGAGAGACAAUGCCGCCGAGCGGUCGGCCCUCGCUAGCGUCGCGUGUUUGGCAGUUGCAUUUGGAGCGCUUAGGUACCUACCUAUAAUCACGUAUAAUACAAAAUCAUGGACGCUUUACUUGAUUCUGUCGGAACGAAGCCGCCUUGAUGGCUGCAUUCAACGGACCUCGUUGGUUGAUUGGUGCCAGCACUGCAACCCCUCUUCCUUACCUACUUAGUCACCUCUAGUUCGGUAGCGGAACUCGAGAUUCGCAAAUGGGCGUUUCUUGAGAUUGUGGUAGCUGUCGAUUCGUUGCUUCGGUGGUGGAGAAGUCGGCUCGGUAACGUAACUGGAGGGCUCGUCAGCUUGGGAUAACGCCUGAGGCGCUACGUUCUCGGCGACUUACGUUGUAAACAGUCGACAGCUUUGCCUUUGACCGCCUUCUCGGCAAGCUGGGAGGUGGCUUCAUCGAACAUUACCCCUAUCCCCGGCCCAUUUAUGUAUCCACUGUUUUGCAUGUUGAAGAAACGGACUUGGAGAGUUUCGCAUUGCUGCGCGGUCGUUGCUUGACGCUGGAGAUCCUCCGCGCAG